UGGAGUUUUUCGUGAAAUUUCCUCUGAGCUUUGACCUGACAGAAGAACAGAAAACCUCUCUGGCACCUCACAAGUUCAGAUUCUGCAUGGGUAUCUCAGCUGCUCAAAAAGAGGUGGAGCAAAUCAAGCGAGAGAGGCUGCAGGGUUUCAGUGGAAGCUCCAAUUAUGUGGAAAAGUUAGGUGCUUCCCUCGAUUGUUUGAUCCGCUUUCUCGAUGACCUCUACGAUUGCACCACCCUUGAUGCCUUGGCCGACAUGUACAACUGCGAAGUGGAUGAUCUGUGGGCCAGCACGGAUGAGGCAGUGAAUCAUGGUCGAGUAGAGAGGUGGAAUGCCAUCAAGAUGCACUUUGCGCCUGAGUACCAGAACAUGAAGAAACAGAUCCAGCGAGCCUUUCCCGAUGAAGCUGGAGCUGGAGUGUACAAGAGGUGUCCCUACUGCAUGGAAGUGUAUGUCAAGCCCUUGGGUUGUGACUUUGGGACCACUUGUGGAAAUUCGGUCGGUGGCGCAGAUACCGUCCCAUACACUUAUUUCUACAACUCUGACACCUUGGAGUUCAAAGUCUUGAGCAAAACACGGGAUGAGAGAGCUGCCAUUCUCUCAGAGAGCCAUGCGGCUUCCAGCAUCCAAACACUUGGUGGGACUAGCUUGGAGUGGAUGGCCUCCAAGUGGCGCAAGGCCUACAGAAAGGUUGCAGCGAUUCUUUCAUUCUCCCCUGAUGGUUCUGAGGAAUCUGCGGACUUGAACUUCAAGGAGAAGGACACUUCAAAGGCUGUUGUGCAAAAACGUGGCUGUGGAGCCGCUGUGAGGUGGGAAACAAUGCCAUGCCUGACCAGAGACGAACUUGUUGCCUUCGGCUUGGUUCCUGACUAUUUGGUUCCUGACUAUGUUCCCUUGGAGCCAUGCAAGAUGACUCUUGAUCCCAACGGAGUGGAGGCAGUCAUCUCAUGGUUGGACAAGUUGCAACUUGGUCAGUACAAACGUGCUUUCAAGGAGAACUCUGUGGACAAGGAUGUCUUGCUCUCUUUGACUGAAGAUGACCUGCAAACUGACUUUGGUGUGCAGAACAAGUACCAUGUGCGCAAGAUUAUCCUUCAGCGUGGCCAGCUAUGAGAGCUCCGAUGAUCUAUUUUCCGGGCUGAGAGACAUGCUCAACACAAGUUUGAGGAUGCUUAUGUCCCAGCACAGUUGCAGACUGCUAUCAGCUGGGCUAAUGCUGCCUUUAAAGUCACAGAUAGUCAGUGUAGUUCCAGCCUCUAGUAGGGAGGAAGUCAAAGAAGUAGGUAUUUAUCGAUAUUAAUUGACUUGCAGUUGCACCACAGGACAAUGAAGCGCGCUGCAAGAUCAAAAA